UAUUGCUUGAACGUUCGCUUUUCUGCACACUGAGCAGCCGUGUUCAGACUGUGUCCUCUCUCUCCCUGGCAGCUGCUACAUACCUGGCAUUCCACCGUCACACAUCCAGCUUGCAGCAUGGUGAUUAAAGUGUUCAUCGCAUCCUCCUCCGGUUCCAAAGUGAUUAAGAAGCAGCAACAGGAGGUAUUGGACUACCUACAGGCAAACAAAAUUGAGUUUGAAAGAUGUGACAUUGCAAUCAGUGACGAAAGCAAAAUGUUUAUGAGGGAGAAUGUUCCAGAGAACUGCCGACCUGUAGGUGGAAACCCACUUCCACCUCAGAUCUUCAAUAAUGACCAUUACUGUGGGAACUUUGAAGCAUUUUUCGAUGCCAGAGAGAACAAUGCCGUCUAUGCAUUUCUAGGCCUGACAGCUCCACCUGGAUCAAAGGAAGCUGAAGCCCUUGCAAAACAAGAAUCUUGAACUCCAAUUUCAUUUCAUCAAAUAUUAUCAGCUAACCAGAUUAUUCUAGUGUGAGCAAAGUACGAUUUAGGAUUGUAUACAAUUUAUUGGAGAGGACCAUGUGAGAUAUAAAGAAGCCUCUCUCACUUAGUUAAAACACCCAGUAGAUUUUAUUAAUAACUAGUAACUGGGUGACAGUGGACCACCAGGUUUAUAUGAAGUGUGUAUUGAAUACAAUUGCUUUUUUAAUAGUUUUAUUUGAGCUUAUUUUUCUACUUGGUCAUCUGAUUUAAGCAGACACCCAACAUAUUACCAAAAGAAAAGUUGCAGUAAACAUUUCUUUGCCUAGCAUGUUUAUUCUUUCCAAAUUUUAUAGUUGUAAUUCUGACAAUCCAGCAAAACAAGCUCUCUUGAGGCUGAAGAGUGAGCAUUGAGUUAAUUUCACUGCUAAUUCUACAGUUCCACACUCUUCUGGUCUCUUAUCUGCUUCAACUCUUUAUUUCACAUAUAGGGAGCUUGUUUUGUUCUGAUAUCUUGUGCUGGUCUCCUUGGAAUCCAAUACCUGAACCAAAGGACAAAUAAGAUAAAUGUGCCAUGUUACCUGAUUAAUUUAAUGGAUAUUGUAAUGUUGUUUCAGGUUUUUAACAAUGAUCAAAUAGAAGCGGCUGGAGAAAAGUCAAGUUCUGGUCUUUAAUAAGUUAAACUGCAUCUCCUUGUUUUCAGCACAUUUAUUCUACUCUAAUAUAAAAGCUUGCUUUAUUUUUACAGGGCAGCAUUGCCUCUGAGUCUGUUUUUAGAUGCAACCUGAUGACACAGGCUUUAUCUAAUCUUUUUUAACAAAUCCUCAUCCUUUUGCAUUUAAAUUAUUUCAAUAACCAAGUACAUUUUAAACUGCAUUUUGAAACAACAGCAAAUGUGUUUUGUCCUGUUUGGUUGAUGUGAUGUCUGAACUGAUUAAUAGAAUGUUUAAGAAGAAAAUUCUCUUCCCAAACUACCUGAUGUACAAUUUAAGCUUCCUCCAGUCAACAUAAGCGUCCUCUUGCCAUUUUCCGAGCUGUUUGACAGCUAACAACAUGCAGACUCACACUUUGAUACUGAUAAUUAUUUUGGAGAGGUUUAAUACACUGAAAUGUCUUUUAAAAAUCACUGAGAAGGGUGAAACAAUAUUUACCAAUUACUCGUGCUUCUUCCCAGUACAGUAACAAGUUAUUUUUGCAACAUUUCUAAUCUCAGAUUCUAAAUUAUCUUCAGUUAUAUCUUGAGGUCAAGCAGCCUUCUACAAUAACUUGCUUUAAGUAUGACAGGAAAGAUGCAGCAAAUUCCUCAUCCUAAUACAGUCCCCACCACAUGUAGCAGAUACUUUUUCUUUGUCAACAACACCAUUUGCUCAGUGUAAUACUCAUGCUAUCUGGACAUCCAGAAUAUCAGAAGAAGCUAGAAUUUGCUGCCCCCUGUGGUCCAAUUGAAAGCUGCACCUAAUUGGGAGAUCUUUGUCUCUACAGCCUGAUCUAACAUAAGAUCAUUGACCCAUUUUCUUUAAAUAUUUCUGUAUACUCGCUAACUGUCCCCAGAAAUAAUCCCAUUAAUGGUAAUAUCUGUGUUGCUCCUGUAAGAAUGGUGCUAAACACAGUCAUAAUUUUCCUCAGAAACAAAAUGCUUAUCAUAGAGUCGCUACAGUGUGGAAGCAGGCCAUUUGACCCAUCAAGUCCACAUCAACCUUCCAAGGAGUAUCCCACCCUGAGCCAACCCUAUUCCUGCAUUUCCCAUGGCUAAUCCAUCAAGACUGCACUUCAUGGACAACUUAGCAUGACCAAUCCACCUAACCUGCAUAACGUUGCCCUGUGAGAGUAAAUUUGAGCUCCUGACACAAACCCACACAGACUCGGCGAGAAUGUGCAAACUCCACACAGACAGUCACCAGAGGUUGGAAUUGAACUCCGGUCCCUAGUGCUGUGAGAUAUCAGUGCUAGCCACUGACCCACCUUGCAACCUCACUUAUAAUCACUCAUUUUGCUGUACAAAAUAACCUUAGAAUUAGAUAGAACACAUACCACUUAAGACAACAGAAAUACCGUAUAUACUCAAGUCAUAGUCACAUUUUUUUGACUACUUUUUAAGGUUACAUUUAUGGGGUCAACUAUUACAUGGUUAGUACUUUUGAGGGGCUGAAAUUCACGCCCAUCAAAAUUCAUGCUAUAUCAUUAGCAGAAGCCCAACUGAUCUCUAAACGAAUAAAGGAAAAACAAAUGAGUUAGAGUAAUUCUGAGAACCCAGAGCUGAGCACUGCAACCAGCGGACUGGAAGGCCGGGCUCGGAGCGGAGCAGAACAACGACACACUGGAAAGCUGGAGCAGCUCACAACGGCUGCCAUACUGACUCAUAAACAUUAAUCUGUGAAAAAACUGGGGUCGACCUUUACACAAGAUAUAUGGAAAAUCCCAGAUUAUUUGGGAAAAAAUAGGGGGUCAACUUUUAUAUGAAAUUGACUAUUACUCGAAUAUAUGUGGUCAGCAUUCAGUGCAACAUAUCUAUACCAAUGUUUAUUCUUUAUACUGUCACCUUGUGUCAAAACAUCCUGUUGAUAUAUCCUUUCUUUUCAUCAUCCAGUUAGUUUCUCCUUCAAUUCAAAUAUGCUAUUCUGCUUCUCUUUAGUUCCAUCGUCUAAGCAUUCAGUGAAAAAGUACCAGACUAUUAGAAACACUGAAAAACAACUUUGAAAGUGAUGGUAACACCUGUUAUAGAUAAUGGCUAACACUUUGGCCAAUCUAAUUGAUUGUCAGUUCUAAAAAUGAAAUUUUUAAGGGAGGGGCUUUCAGGUAGGUGAAGAAUGGAAAUCACACGCUUGUUCUGCACUUGUGAGCUUGACGUGGGGGACAUUCUUAAAUCCCCCUAAUCUGGAGAAGUGGCUGCAGGUUUCAAUGGCUCUAUGACUGCAGAAGAGCCAUCAUGGCAUUAUAUUCCAGUUUUGAUGAAACCUUUAGAAAAUACCAGUGUUGUCAGUGUGGACUUUCCAAUGAUUUGUGGGAUACCUUGCAGUUUGUGUUUGAGAAAUCUUUUAAAAACCAGAACAUGUCUUUUGAUUUGUUGCAUUGGCUGUUAAGAUGUAUAUUAAGAAAAUAAAAGUGAAAUUAAUAAAUAUUACAUUUGUUGCA